AUGACGGACCACCUUCCGGUCAGGCCACAUCCCCUUGGCUGGGGAUCCAUGAAAGGACAUUGGUGGCAGUUUGUGUUUAUUGGAGUUUUGCUACUCACUAUCACUAUUGGCUCCGCAUCUAUCAUAUAUUCUGGAACCAGAAGACUAAUCAAACACUACAAGUCGAGACCGCUGCCAGAUGUUGUAUCCUCGAGUGUCUCGAGCCGUCUGGGCAAGCUAGCCAACCGAGAGCUCAACCUGGUCGAUACUCCCCCUCGUAAGACGAAGCCUACGAGCUUUGGGGUGUACUUGGGUAGCUUUGAAAAUCCACCCACCGCAUCACAAGAGAAGCUGUUGCAAGAAUGGGACGUCUUGAUUGUGGAUCCAUUCCAGAACGGUGUCGCCAAAGCUAUUUCGAGGCAUCAACGCACUCAGGUUCUGGGUCGUGUUGAUUUCGCGAAAGUCCUAUCCGCCAAAGAAUCUCCAUUGGCUGUCGUCGAAAAGGUCGAAGAGCUGCUUGCCAGCAGCUUCAACGAAACUGCUUUCUCUGGUAUCCUACUGGCAAACUGGGAGGAUGUGCUCCGACCUACCGCCCGGCGAAUGCUGCUCGAGGCCAUCAGUGGCCUUGGUUUGGCUGUAUACCUCGAGACUGAGGGUCCCAAGUUUCUGAAAGACCGCAAAGCCGUGCAAAGUAGCGCCGUGGCUGGUUUGGUCAUUCGCAAUGCUAGCAUCAUGGCGCAGGGCGAGAAGCGGGAUUAUUUCCAGAUGAGUGAGCUACAAGCAACAAUCAAGGCGUUUGUUUCGGAAUCCUGCAUGAGAGACUUCGUGGUCAUGGCUUGGGAAACGGUUGACGACAACGUGACCAUUGCAAACGCCAUUGUCCGUCGGUCCAUUCAAUGGUGUGGCUUUUACAGCGCCAUCACAUGGAUCGGUCCGGAAUCCGCGCUUCACGAUGCUGACAAGAACGUUUCGACUCUCGAACCUCUUCCCGCUUUUGGCUGGUUGAAGGAAGCGGAAAUAAUGAAAACCCACGAUGUUUGGCGUGCCAAUCUGAAUAUCAUGCCCUCGCCCGAUGCCAAGGAUGGCUGGAACGUCCUCAAGCCACUUUUCCCAGCUGUCGAUGCGCUGCUAGACUCAUCUGAAUACGAAUCAAAGGCCCCUGACAGUCCUACAGCCCGACUCCGUGAUCCCCCAGAGUGGGUCGCACAGGUCAAAUCUCAGGGCAGUCCUCUCUCAGUCUCGAUGUCAGGAAUGGCGUAUAACUCUCUCGGUUGUUUCCCUCUUGGCUCUGAUUCCACGCCGCUCGCUUUCGCCGAAAUUGUUCAGUCUCAACAACGUCUCAAGUCACUGAAUCUUCUCCACCCUGUUCCGACAGCGAAAAUCCAAAGCAUAGGGACACUGUUGCGCCAAUUCUAUGACUCUUUGGACCUCUCUCAGGACGAGAACCAUUUGGCCAGCACGAUCAGGGAGCUCGCUCACUGGGCGUCCAAUGAUAUGCUUCACGUGAAUCUUGCGCUUGAUUCUGGUCUGCGCAAGAGCUCUGAUUUCCGUUUCUGGGCUGUCUUCGAGAUGGAGAACGAUGGAAUCGAGAUCUACGUCUCUAAGAAUGCACAGGGUCUGGCUGGAACCAUUUUGCACACGUUCCUAUCGGCUAAAGGCUUCCCUCGACAUGUCUGCUUUGAGGCAGAAGCGACCUUCGCAACUUGGGCCCAAGAUGUCUCUCCUGAUACUGGUUUGCCUCGUCGACUGAUUCAAGAUAUCGAUUGUCUCAGCCCCGAGGAGCGUCUGCUUCUCUUGCAGCAUCUGUCUCUUACUGACGUCCACAACGAGCUUUCAGACGCCAUCUGCGCGUAUAUUCACAAGCAACUGGUAGACUCUCCUUCAUUCGCUCAGUUGAAGGCUCUCAACACCGUCGGGUAUCUUGCAGAGUCCACUUCUCCAGAGGAUCUGAUCAAAUCUCGCAUUGACUGGUAUAUGGAGCAAGGGUGCAAGCAUCCAUCGCUUGAUAUCUCUCUAGAGCUCUUCCACCAAGCUGACCGCGUGCUUUCUGACAUCUUGAGAUAUCGCCGUGAAGAUGAUCUCGCUGCCAUCACCCAGGGCCUCUGCUCUCUUGUUCAAGGUGGUUCCGUUGACGCAUAUGUGGAUAUGAUGGCUCUUGCGCUGUUCUGUGCUGCUAGAAAGGGUGCUUUCGAUGAGAUCUACGCGGAAGUGACCGAUCGCAACCCGCUCUUCAAUAACCAUCCCGACCAAGCUGCCGCGUUCGCGGAGUCUUUCGCUCUUGGAUCUCGCUGUGAGGCAUACUUCGAUGUGUCUCCCAGCGUCUUUGGAAAGCUACUCUCUGAUCGAUUCAGAGCUUACUACGGAGACCACCAGCCACCCAACUGGGCCAAUGGCGCUCCUCAGCUUGCUACCUCCUACGCUGGAGCCCAGAUUGAUGUGAACCCAGAUGAACAGCCCAAAGUCAUGCGUGGCUAUCAACGUUUCACCUUCUUGAGUGUCUUUGCCAUUCCUGCUCUGAUUGAUAUUAUCCUUUUGACCAUGGUUGGACGCGGUCUUUAUCUUUCUGCCGCCAUGUCUCACGAAGAACAAGACAGUGCAACCAUGGCUCUCAUGAUAUCCUUGCUUCUCUCUGGUGCGAUCGGUACCUGGAUCGCCUGCGGUGGCCCAUAUUACCUCAUCUCGAUGGCUUUCGCCGCGGCGAACAUGUUCGUUCUGAUUCGUCUGAUUGCUGGUAUUGCCUUUACCGUGGCCGGUGGUUUGAUUGGCUUCGUCGCCAUUUCUGGAGUCCGUGGUCCUCGUGCUGGUAUCAUCUUCUACCUCUACCUGAUUGCCCUGACAAUCUACUUCUCGACUUUUGCCUCCCUUGCGAGUUUCAGCUACCCAGGUUCGACUUUCUUGUCCGGUCGAAAGUCAAUCAUCUACUGUAUCCCCAUCCUCUUUUUGUCACCAAUCAUCACAACUUGGGCUGGUAAUGAUUCUGCGAUCUACCUUGCUGUCAUCUAUGUCUUCAUUGGUGUGCUCUUACUUUGCCUGCGCAACGUUACCUCCAAGUGGGUGACGUGGUACCAGAACGUUCGACGCACCGAUGACACUGAGAUCCGUAAGUGGUACAUCACCGCUCAUGGAAACGACGACGAGAAGGUUUUUGCUGGGUUGAGUGACCCCGCUGCUCUCAAAUUGGCAAGAGAAGCUCUCUCAAAGGAGGUUGUGACGGAAGUAAACCGUGGCAUGUUUUCCCGGGCGUCCAAAGAUAAGCUUGUUGUUGAACUUUCCCGGGACUGGGAGUCUACCAACUUCCUUCUGGAUUGGUACUGUCGCUACGCAGAUGUCCCUCGCCCGAUUGCGUUCAGCUCGGGUUGGAACAUUCAAACAAAGGUUGCCCUCGACACUUUGCGCAAUUCUCAGAAAGGUCUCCGACUGCACAAUGCAUUCGUUCACUGGCGCCAGUCUAGCAAAGAGAUCGGAUGCGGUAUCCUCUACUUCGUGAUCGCUCUUCUGGAUAAGUGGAUUCAGCUUCUUAGCGGUGAUCGCAUCCUCGGUCUUACUGGUGCCGUCAAUGAUGCCAAUCGAAUGGCUGUUGGCUUCGCUCUCGCCUAUUAUCUGAUUGGCGCUGUGCUCAUCGAUACCAAAGCUCAAGAACUUCACGAUGCUCUCGGAAGCAAAACUCCAAACACUGUCAAGUCCGCAAAGGAUAUCCGUCUGGCUUUGAAGAAGGAGGUUCAACUUCGCCGAAAGGUCUACUGGCGAGUACUUCUCAGAUUCCUCUUGUGGCACGUCUGGAGUCUGGCACUCGCUACUGCUCUUAUCUGGACUUUCCAAGAAUCGGUUGAAGGCUUCAUCAUUUUCUUCUCUUAUGUCUUGGCCUACACAGGUCUGAUCUGGUAUCAAUACACCAAGAUCUUCACGGGUCCGCAUGCGCUCAAGCCACUGAUCACUGGUAUUUGCGUUGGUUUGCCCGUUGGAAUUGCUCUGAGGGUUUGCUUGCCUCAUUUCCUAUACUCGCAAAUCAUUGGCCUCGGCAUUGCUACCUGGACUGUUGCUUUCUUGUCAAUCUGGAACGCCAAGAUGGGUAUGCCGAAGAAGGUAGACUCGCCAGUUGAGCUUGGCAGGACCUUCCACGCCUUCACUACCCCUUGGUCAGACCCCGAGUGGUCUCAGCAGGAGCUCCAGACAUUCUUUGAGAACUACUCGCUUCUGCCUAAUGAUUCCAGAUUCAAGUUGAACCCCGCCGUUCACCCAGGUGUGGAGAUUAAGAGUGCCAUGUUGUCUCGCAGGGAAGAGCUCAGGAUUGAAGAGGCUUUCCCCUUCUCGAAGAACAUUGUGAACUCCGCGAUCUCAUCCUGGGAGAAGGGCGAAGUCGUCAUCGAACUUGUUUCUCCUGGCUCUUUGGGUCCUGGUAUUCGUGCUCUGAGCUGCAGUACCGGUAGUCAGUUGAAGCUAGCCAUCACAGUUGGAGGACUGCUAGACGAGCGUCUUGAUAUCAGUGCAAACUGUCAAGUUAUUGCCGAGACUCUGCUUCAUGCUGUCACUGAGUUGAUGAUGGGUGUUCCUCACGAAUACGCCUCACUCGCAGGAUCAAUUGUCUCAGGUGGUGUCACGCACACAAUGGCUCGACAGCUUCGAGAGGAAGCCAAUACUACCACAGUUGUGCGCUGGGCCAAGAAGGAACUUCUCCGUCAAUUGUGUCUUGGAUUUGAGGCUGAUCUUCACUGGGACAAACUUCCUACCGAGGUCCGCGACGUGUUGUUGAAACGUUGUCUAGGACAGCAAUGCAGUCUUUCCAACAGCCAACGACAAUGGCUCCAGCAAAAUCUCUGCAACUUCGACACGGAUGAUCUCGAUAUUCACGUUGCCCGUUGCAACCUUGGCGCAGCAACUGCGAUCAGUGUUCUAGACUACGCUCAUUGGGGAACAGGAGAAGCCGCACUCCCCAAGGAGCCUGAGACUUCAAAGUACAUUUCCUACAUGCCUCGGAAGCUUCCAAUUGCUCUGUCGAUGAUCAGAUCUCCUGCAAGCUAUGUCUACCACAAGCUAGGAACAAUGGUGAAGUUCUUCGUGGUGGCUUUGGUCGCAGACCCAGAAUUCCAAAGAGAGUUCAGCCACGUCACUCAGGACCUGCCAACGGUUAUCCGUGUGCCUACUGUCUUUUUGAUGAACAUGGUCUGGGUUUACUCCAAGCUAAUGCAAGACUUCUGUCUUUCGUUCUUUUUGUUCCACGGUCGCCAAAAUGUCAAGCGGCUGUGGGAAGAGACCAAAGGCAUGACGAUCCACAUCAAGAAAAGCCGAGUCAUUGUUCAGAGCCUGGAAGGCACUUUCACGGCAUUCAGACACCACGAGAUUGAUGGUGGCUUCAAGAUCUAUCACUACGCCGGCGAGCACAAGACCGAGCCCAAGGAAGUCAAGUCUCUCAAGUAUGUCAGUACCUACUCGGGUGAAAUGCUGCUUCUUGUCAAGCAGGAAUUCAAAGAUGGAAAGGUGACCAAUGAAUACCACUACGAUUACGCAUCUCCUGGCAAGAAAGGCUUCAAACUCGGCAAAAAGUCUUCUUCGCGCAUUCCCCUGGGACGUCGUUGCAUUUCUGGCGCAAACCACCUGCAAAGUGUGCAGUACAACCGGAAGGGUCUCAUCGAAUCUGGCUCAUACAUGAAGGACGGCAAUCUCAUUCGCUUCAAGUAUCAUUACCGCAAGAACCCUCGUUUCGGUGAUGAGCUGUUGCGUGCUGAGUUCGUCUUGUCCCACAUCAGCUGUACGGUAUCGUGGUGCGCAGCUCCGCGUCGUCACCCGGAGAAGGUUGAACGCUGGAUUCCUCACUCCAAGGUCACCGAAGCCAGCUUCGUCCAAGGCGCUGAUGUCUACGAAAGUCGCUGGCUGUAUGAUCACAAGUUCCAUCCCACAAUAUUCACCACGAUCAAUGGACAAAAGAUCCAGACUCCACCCAUGAUUGAGCACGAUUACCUCGGUGUCCUUUCCAAGCCCAAGUACACCAGCUUUGUGCAUGACAACCCCUUCUUCUACUGCGACAACCUACAAUCAAACUUGUUCACACGAGCAUUGGGACUCACCAAGAAGCGCUUUGUGGUUUCGACUUCCCGUGCUCGCUCGCUGAUGUGGAAAGCAUGGAAGGAUCGUGUGGAUUUCGAUGCCAUUAUUGUUCGCUGGAUGGAUGACCGCAUUCUUCGUAGAGACAAGGUGCUCACACCUUACUGGCGCAGCCGUGAUUGGGGCAAUCUUGGAUCUGCGAAGAAAUACAUGGACCUUCGAGCUGAUGCGAUCAUGGCCAGUGCUGAUUUGGACGACAACAUUUCCAGCUGGACUCCUCUCGCUGUCAAAAUCACUGACUUGCUCAACUUUGGACCCGGAGGUGACGCUGUUGUCAACACUCGCUCGAAGAACUUUGGUACCGACACUGACAAGACUCUCCACGUCAUGGCAGCCGACAACGGUACUUGGCCCAAUGAAGGUGGUGGUGUCUCUGCUUGUCGUCGCGACAUGAUUAACUCCCUGCGAACCAUCAAGUGGCACAUGAUUUGCGAGUCCGCAAACGACUUCGGUGUUCCCAAACAUCAGACUGAACAGAACAUUCAGUCUCUCAAGCUCAUCCCGCUCUGGGGUAUGGACUUCCUCACGCCUACUCACGGUCUUUUCCACAACAAGUUGGACGCCGAGGUUGACAAUGUCACUUCUGCGAGCGAAUUCGACAUCAAAAUGAACUUCAUUCCGAUUUUGACGGCUCUCGUCAAGGGUGCCCGCGCUGUCCACCUGUCCAAAUCUGAUAUUCAUCAGGCCACGCGAGCACUGGUUAAUCUGAACACAUACUUCCAGGAAUCCCGCCAUUGGACCCAAGUGUGGAACAGUGAUAUGGUGAAGCAAAGUUGGCGUGAUCUGUGGCUGACCCAGGAGAUGUCUAACACCAUCCCGUCGUCCGAGUGGUUUGACACUGAGCUUCCUACUCUGGCAUCUCUCGACGUCGCCCUGGAACUUUGGUACCGCUACCUCUUCAUUUUCUCGAUUCCUGUGCCUGAGAAGAUUCCCUCGACCUUCCAAGCCUCGCACCACAGUGUCAGUGCCUCUUACGGUGUUGUUUGCAAGAUCAAACGCAACUGCACUUUGCAAAUUUGGGAUCACGCUAUCAGUUGGCGUGAAACCAAUCUUUGCUUGUCGUCUGCGCUUUGCAAACUCUCGCCCUUCGUUCGUAACGCUCUCCUCGGUUUGAUGCGUAUCACCUCUGUUUUGACUCUUCACCACGCCGAUAUUAUCCUUCCUUGUGCCGAUUUCUUCAACCCAGGUUGGGAGGUUGAAAUUGGUACCUGCCAGGGCACCAUCGAGCACCGCAACACUUUCCGCCGAAAGAUCGACCCAGUCGUCAACGGCAUCACUGACAUGCAAAAGUUUGCGCCCGUCAAGGAGAUCAAGUCUGAGCGUCCCACUGUGACUAUGUUGUCCCAUGUGUGGUAUGCCAAGGAUAUCAAGACUGCUCUGCUCGCUGCAGACAUCAUCAUCAACCAAUGGAAGUUUGAUGAAUACCAUUUGGACAUCUACGGUGCCAUCGACAAGGCUCCUACUUACUCAACGGAGUGUCAGGAGAUCAUUGCAUCGAAGGGUCUUCGUGGCAGAGUCACGCUUUGCGGAACUGCUGACCCGAUGAAGGUUUUGGAGAACACAUGGCUGUUCCUGAACUCUUCUCUUUCCGAGGGACUUCCACUUGCCCUGGGAGAGGCUGCUCUUACAGGUGCACCGGUCGUCUGCACAGACGUUGGUGCCUCGCUUCGAGUGCUCAGCGAUCCAGAUGAUUUUUCCCGCUUCAGUGCUGUCGUAGCUCCCAACGACGCCCUUGCUCUGGCAAAAGCCCAGAUUGGCAUGCUUGCCAUGCUAGGCGAAUGGAGCAAGCACAGUGAGGACACCUCACCCGCACCAGUCCUCACCUCCGCACCCACUGCGGAAGAAGUGGCAGCAAUUACCCGUCGCAUGUACGAGAAGAGCGAACACCGUCGCAAACUCGGCAUGAUGACCCGCAAGAUUGUGCAGAAGUCCUUCAGUGGUGACCGGUAUCUCCGUGAGCACGAGCAGAUGCUCUGGAUUGGCAAGGCCGCCAAGAUGAUGGCGAGUCGCGCAGCGGGCGAUCCAAUCGAGCCCGCUGACGUGGCCGCUGCCAUCGAGACAGGCGUCGAUGAGGAGAUCAUCACAAUCCCCCGCGGCGCGGUGCACUCAUGGCGCUCCUCUGCCCAGUCUGGUGUUUCUACAUUGUAUAGCUCCACGUCUCAAUUCCCUGGUCGGGGUGGCUACCACCGUCCUAUGUCCGAUGCUUCCUUCAUGAGCAUGAGCAACAUCUCGACUGACACAGAGUCCUUUGCUCGCUUGCCCGUCUUUGCGCCUAGGCAGUCCAUGUUGUCCACUGGCUCCCCAGGCAACAAAUCACCCAUGUGGACUUCGAACCAAAGACUAUCUGUGCUGACUCCCCGCUCUCAACCACACUCCCGCGCUGGGUCAAAUGCACGCUCCGUCUCGACCGCUGGUCGGGAACAGCUGCGUGGUCUGCAUCGUGAGGACUUCAAUCCAUACCGUAAUUCGGAUGUGAGUGUCGCCAACAGAGACGACUUCCUGAAAGCUGGGGGACUCCUUCCCAGUGGCUAA